UGAAACGCAGACCGAAGGGAAGUAGAGGCUGAAUCUACUCAUUUUUACUUGGAGAAAACAAACGUUACUUAAGGACUUAACACACUACCUUCGAAAUGUCUGUCUUUGUGAGAACUUUUAGUGGCCGUACGCUUUGUUUGCAGUCGCAUGCCAGUUGCUACAAUGGAGAAAACCUGACACAAAAAAUCGGCGAAUUAGAGGGUAUCCCCAUCCAUCUCCUGUCCCUCUACCAUCAUGGAAAGAAAGUUGGCAGCAGUGACCUCAUUCAAGCUGGGGAUUGCUACCAAGCUCUGUUGUGUCUCCAAGGAGGGAAAGGAGGUUUUGGGUCCAUGCUGCGCAUGAUUGGUGCACAGAUUGACAAAACAACCAAUCACGAUGCUUGCCGAGAUCUGAGUGGGCGGAGAAUGAGGGAUGUCAACAAUGAAAAGAAACUGAGUGAUUGGAUUACCAAGAAGGCAGAGAUGGAACGCGAGAGGCAAGAGAAACGACGGGAGAAACUAGAGAGACUUAGGCAGGAACCUAAACACAUCUUUGUGGAUCCCAGCUAUGACAAGCAGAAACAGGAAGUGAUUGAGAACCUGGAUGAAGCUAUCACACAAGGAAUUCAAGCUGCUGCUACUCUCAGUGAAGGUGCCUCAUCCUCAGGAGUAAAGACUGUCAAGAGGAAAGCCGAAGCUAGUGUUAGGAGCAAGAAGAGAUCAAAGACACUGUGGAUGGGUCUGGAGGAACGUAGUGACAGUGACAGUGACAGUAGUGAUGGUGAAGACAUGAUAAAAAUAACCAGUGUCAUCUCAGAAUCCAACACAAGCAGUGAGUCACCAAGUACUAGUGACAACAGUCCUAGUGUCUCAAGAAACAGUCCUUCCAGUAAUGUUACCGAUCCAGGGCAAGAUUCAGAACCUGAAAUCAAACCUAUUGUGGCUAAGACAGGGGGAACUGAAGGUAACGAGGAGGAUUUGAAGGCAAUCAGAGAGGACAAUGGAAAAUGUGAAGAUGCAAACUCAUUGUUGAACAUGUUACCUGCACCAUCAAACAGCGAGAAUAGGAACAGUGAUGAAAGUAUUAAAGAUGAGAAAGAUGAGGAGGAGCAACCGUUUGACUUGGACAAGUUCUCCUCAGCAGCAGAGCUAGAGUCUGUGGGUCUAGAUACCCUGAAGUCUGCUCUGAUGGUUCGAGGCAUGAAGUGUGGUGGUACCCUACAGCAACGUGCAGAGAGACUCUUCUCAGUUAAGGGUAUCAGUCUAGAUCAGAUUGAUCCAUCAUUGCUGGCCAAACCAAGCAAAGGCAAGAAGGGAAAGUGAGACCAAGGAAUACUGUCAUGUCACCCUUUAGAUCAGUUCUUACUUGUCAUAAAAGUGAAUGCAUGGGUAAAUUAGUGAGAUCUCAGCAUGUAUUAGUUCUAAAAUUACAAAUGCUUAACACAUUUUAAGCCUGGUACCCUUGACAUAUUGGGGUGUUUGGAAACAGCCCAUUGGAAUUAGAUUUAAAGCCUUUACGACUUCCAGUUAGUCUUUCUGUUGUAUCUUAUAUGUUCUCUCAUGUUUACGUUUGGCCUAUCAGGGUUCCAACUUCCAUAUUGUAAGCAGCAAUCGGAGUUUAGCCUAAAGCAUAUUCUUUGCAGGCACUUAUGUACCUGUGAAUGGGGCGCUGAAUACUGUGUGUUUGUCACCAAUUGCUCAGGAGUUUACCCAAAGUUUGUUAAUAUUCACCUUUGAUUAUGUAGAACCUUAUCAGCUUUUUUGAGUGUCAGUUAACUUUGAGUAAACAGUAAUUCAGGAAAAAGGUUUGUGAUCAGUCACUUCAUGCUGGAUGUCAUCUGAACACACAGGGACUAUGUUGUAACGUGGAGGAUGUUUUAACAUUACAACAAAUAAGCCUUUUGUGAGUUAAAUUUGAAUAAAAUCUGGUACACCGAAGUCUUUAAAUUCAUGUGAACAUAAAAAUUUGAAUUCUCUAUACUAGAGACACUGUUGCAAUACCUUGUGAUUCUGAACAAGCUCUUUGCUUAGUUACAUAAGAGACACCUUGCACCAAUACACUGUUCUCAAAGGAACCAGUCCGUUCCAGAGAUG